GCGGCAUCCAAAAGAAUUCAGGGUAGUGAAGCGGUUGCGUAUGUGUAUGGUGUGGACUCGAUGGAACUGAGACGGCGGAAACCGAGAGAUGAUGACACUGCCGCCGGCGAUAGAACGGAGAGAACUGGAGCAGCCCAAUCCGAGCGAGAUUAUGUCCAUUAUAGUCAACACAGGAACGACCAGGACGCCAGCUUUGCUGACCGUCCCGGCUCGGAGGCUGCUACUGCAGACGCGGUGGUCGGCGCAGCCGUGCGUGGGGGGUAUCUUCUUAUGUUACUAGCUUUCGUUCAGCGCGCGUCGACAUUCGUCCUGAACGUCCUGCUUCAGCGAGCGAUGCUCUCGGCGGCAACCUCCGACACUCGCCAGCCUCGCAACUCCGCCCUCGAAGAGUACGGAGCAGCGACAAUCACCCUCGACUUGAUCUCCUCAACGGCUCUUUUCCUCGCGAGAGAGCCGUUUCGAGUCGCCCUGGCGCGGUCGAAGGUGCCAAUCGCUGACGAAAAUACGUGGGUGGCGGGGGGCAACGAGGGUGCCGCCUCAACGGGGCAGCAGCUGACGGGGGAAAGGGAGCGGGCGCGGCGACGGCGGCGGCGGCGAGAGGCGUACCGUCGGCGCUUUGUCAACACCGCUUGGAUAUCCGCCCCGGUAGGGCUAGCGUUCGCGGGGCUCGUGCGGUUGGCGUACCCGUGGGUUAUCCGCAACGACGACUUCCAAGGCGUUGAAGAGAACCGGCAGGCUGCAUCGCUUGUUUGUCUUGCCGCAGCCGUGGAGUUGAUGUGCGAGCCACUGGCUCUAAUCUUCCAAUACCGACUGCUCGUCGACGUCCGAGUCAGGGCAGAGGCGGCCGCCGUUCUGGUGCUCGGGGUUUCUAGGUAUCUUCUGGUGACGCGUGCUGGCAAGGGGGUCCUCUCUUUCGGCUACGCGCAGCUGUUGCACUCGGGGACCCUCUUAGCGUGGUACGUCCUUUUCGCGGUGAAGGACGUGGCGCGAGCUAAAGCAGGAGAAGAAACGACCCUGCCGCCACCGCCGCCGUCGACGCUCGUAGCCGCGACGGGGCAACCACCCGGCGCGGCGCGGCCACUCGCACAAGUCUGCGGCGAUGACGACGGAUUCUCGCGAGUGCGGGGGUGGCUGCCGAGUCGACCAAUCCGAGACGACGACAGCGACGAAUCGGGUCUAGUAGACAGUGGGAAGCUCAGGCUGGCGGGGGCGCUGGCCGGACAGUCGCUGCUGAAGCACGUGCUGACCGAGGGGGACAAGAUCGUGCUCGCUAGGGCGACCUCCCCGGAGCAAGGGUGCCACCGCCAUUGUGGCGGCGGCGGCGGUUGCACGCAGAGGGGGGCUCUCUACGAGCAAGGGGUGUACGCGAUCGCCAGCGGGUACGGAUCGCUGGCCGCGAGGCUGUUGUUUCAGCCUCUGGAGGAGGCGGCGCGUCUGAUGUUCAGCAAGCUCGGGGCAGAGGCAGGGGAAAGCCGCCAGGGUGCGGUGCCACCUGCUGUGACUGUAACGAGCAAGGUGUUGACAGCGGGGGCGAUGCAUUCAUUGUUGGGGAGGGCGGGGGGGCACGGACGCGAGGAUGGCAGUGGCGGCUGUGGUCAUGAAGGAGACAGUACCGAUGGUGCGGCGGAUGGAAAAGCAAGGUUGCGAGCGAAGAUGGCUUCCCUUCUGGCAACCUUGCUCAAGCUCGUGCUGAUGGCGGGCCUCGUGUUCGUCUGCUUCGGCUUCCACUACACCGAGACUCUGCUACGCUUGCUUCUGGCGGGCAAGGGCGGCGGCGGCGGGUCUAGUGCCGUUUCAGAGGUAGCGCGAGUUCUGUCGUGGUACUGCGUGUACGUGUUGUUCCUCGCUGCCAACGGUAUGUGCGAGGCGUUUGCUUGCGCUGUCGCGCGAGGAGGCCAGCUUACCGGGAUGGGUGCCGGCCUUGUCGCGUCGUUCGCCACGUUCUGGGUGCUUGUGGGACCCCUCACGGGCAGGUUCGGAACGCGAGGCCUGGUGAUGGCGAACGCCGCGGGGAUGGCUUGCCGAGUGAUAUGCAGCGGGGUUUUCAUCCGUCGUUUCUUUUUGCAACGCACGCCUCCGGCGACACCUUCGCUGAAGGCAGCGGCUGUUGGCGACCGCGCGGCAAGCGGCGAAAGUAGCAGGCUCAGCCCAAGCGGCAGCCGUCACCUGCCCCCCUCGAUACCUCCCCGUGCGCCCCCGAACGGCGGCGAACGACGACAGAAAACGGCCACGAAAAGGAAUCUGUGGAGAGAGGUUGUGACCGGCGCUGCCCCGCACCCCGGCGUGGUUGCCGUCAUGGCCUUGUCCUCUGCUGCGGCAUACGCCACGUCACCUGCCGCUCGUCAUGUCGCCGGCGGUAACAGUGGCGCACCGUUGGACGCGGCCAAGCACGUCGGCGUUGGGUUGGUGUGCUUUUUGUUUACGGCCACGGUUUUCGUCAAGUGUGAGGGGGCGUUUUUGAGGGAGCUUGGAGCGUUGUGGGCCGCUCGACGGCCGCCAGGUCCCGACGACGGGCGCGGGGCGGGGAGCGGUGAUGCUGCUGCUUUGGGCGGGGCAGACAAAUCGGAUUGAGAUGCAUGGGCGUGUAUAUUUGAUGACGAUGUUGAUGCCAUGAGUGUUUAUUGUUCGGAGAGUUGGUAGGAUUGGUGUGUUCCCUUUCGAGUUUUUUAGUCAAACCAUAAGACUAGUCAGCAUUGACUACUACAUAUGCCAAUGGUUGGCUUUCGUCUUCUACUGUAGGCUGUGAUUCGUUCCAUUUAAUAGCGCGAAGACAGCAAGGUUGUUGUGCAAUAGUUGGGGCGCUUUGUUAAUGGGGCGAUUUUUGCAACGAUUUUUUUUUCCCCGACCUCUAUUGCGUGUUCAUACCAGAAAACACUGCCCUGGCACAGCAGUUCAAUCUCUGUGGUGUUGGGGUGCUUUCUGUUGCUUCUGCUGUAGCUGUCUGAUGCCUCUGCUGUAGCUGACACUCUGUAGGUACGUUGGAGCGUCGGCUCCGCGCACUUCGUCCGUCUCCUCUUGCGUUCACUUUCCAACAAACGCGCGACCUAUUGGAUGUGGAUACAUUUUUUUAUGACGGGGAUUUUUCCUGGAUUUUUCCACGCCAGCGAUCUACAGGGGGACACCCUUCAGGCAUUACGAGGACGGAAGGAAGUAGUAGGCCCCCCUUGCCGGACUAAACGAUUGCUGGAUGCCUGUAUGUCUUCUACUCAAUCUGGGUAUCUACAUAUUUACACGUAGUGACUCCCGAGCAG